CGGCAACUCAAAACCUACACCAUCUGAAAAAAAUUAGCGCUAACAUUUCCCACAUUUUUUUUGUUUGCUCAUUUUUUUUCUGGCUGAAACAAAAUACAAAUAUAACAAAACCUCAAAAGCUUCGCCACUUCUUACUAACAUUUUUCCACAACUCAAGCAGUGGCAUAGGCAUCUCUAUCACUCACUCUGGCAUAUCAAUCGACAAGUAUUUUUAAUUAUGCAGGAUUAAUUAUUGAAUUGCAUAUAUGUCUCGAUCAAUUCACUCAACAUCUCAUCCAGCUCCGAUGGAUCAGCCCACAUUGCACGCGACUCCAACAUUUCAGCCGACAUCACAGCCGUCUCAAUCUGUUCACUCAACAUCUCAGUUAGCUCCGAUGGAUCAAGUCGCAUCACAGCCGGCGCCAACAAUUUAUUCUGCAUCACUGCCAUCUCGGUCAGUUCACUCGAUAUCACAUCCGGCUCUAAUAGAUCAGAACUUAUUACAGCCAGCUCCAACAUUUCAGAUUGCAUCUAGAAAGUGUUCUGGGAGCCACUGGACUGUAGAAGCAAUAGAUUCAGAAGAAAAUGUGAAAAAACUCAAAGUGAAAGUCAAGGAAGUGCGAAAUUUAACAUGUGAAGAACGUAUCAUGGUUGAUUUUGAUUACCUAGAUGAACCAUUUGGAGAUGCACACAGCCCACUUUUAGGCUUUUGUGGAAUUUUAGCGUGUGACUGCACUUUAUUUCCAAUCCAUUGUGAGAAAUGGUCUAGUUUAUCUUUGUCAUACUUCAACCGCGUCUUCGAUCAAAUUAUAAAGCCCAAGUUCUUCUUUAAGAAAACUGAGUCAGUUACGCGGCAACAUGUUUAUAAAUCUAUUGGAAAGAAAUGGGCUGCAAAUAAGCUUAACUUGUGGAGUGCAUAUGAAGACCCACUUAAAAGUAGAGCUGAGAUUAUUGAUAAUGUACCGGAUGGAGUUCCGCGGUAUCAAUGGAUUUCUUUUGUUGAUUACCGGUAUAAAGAAUCAAAAGAAAUAUGCGAAACAAUCGAGCUAGUUUUGAGCCAAAGCACUAUGGACGAGUCUCAAAUUUUUCCAAAUGAUGUCAUUGGUAAGGUGCUAGUAAAAGAGCACUCUGAAAGGGUGAGGUGCUUGGGAUUAGGACCUGUCCCCAGUAGAGUUUUUAAACAAGUAAGACCGCAUUUUGGUGGUACAAGUGCUUCAAGUAGUGAAGGUUCAUGUUCGUCCCAAUGCCAACAGAACCAUAUUCAAAUGAUGAAUGCUUACAAUCAAAUGAUGAAUGCUCUCAAUCAAAUGAUGAAUGCUUCAAGGUAUAUAUGAUAAUGAAAGAAGGGACAAUACCAGAACAGUUUGCGAGGUUCUUUGCUUCUCCUUCGACUGUUUCUCCCACAACACCAAGUGAUGCGGACAAUGGACCCCUUUCACCCAUGGGCGCAAGAAGAUCAUAUGGUGAUAGUAAUUCUAGUGACAACCGUUGAUUUUAUUAUAGUUGUCUUAGAUAAUUAAUUAUGACAAUAUAGUUAGGUGGUUGGAGUGAAUGUUUUGUGUUUAAAUUUGGUUUUUGAGUUUAAUGAUGCUACUUAAUGUUGACAAAUUAUUUUUAAAGACUAAUGAUA